AAAGUCGAUUCACAAUAAUCGAUAGUACUUCAUUUCUCAACCACGCGUAUUUUCGUUCUCUUUUAAAGUGUAUUGACAAUUUUUGGUAACAAAUCAAAUUUAACUCAAUUCUGAUCCCUGCAUCUGUGCAACAGUAAAACCGAAAAAUAUUCAAGGUCAACAUGAGCAAGGCGCAGAAAUUCGCUCAAAACAAUGCUACAGAGUGGAAAGCUAGAGGAUUCAAAAACUCGAAUGCUUCAACCACAGAAAGUGCUGGAUCCUCGUUUGAUAGCUUUGGCGGUCAAGAACGUGGAAGGUUUCAAAACAGUUUCGGGUUCAAAGCAGAUUCCAGUAGAGGUGCAAAAUCUACCUAUAAUUCUCGCAAUUCAAGACAACAAAUAGAAUAUGCUGAAGAAGGUGAAGAUAAUCAAAUUUUAAAUAGCCCUAUUCAGAAAAAGAAAUUUAAGACGAAUGAAAAAAGUGAUGAGCCAUCCACUCAUCAAGAUUCUUCUGCUUCCCAGCCAAUUGAAGGUUCAUCCGAAACACCUGUAAAGCCUCCAAAAAAGAAAAAAAAGAAAAAUGUAGUUGGAGGUGAAACAACUGGUGAUGCUGAGGCUACUGAAGAGUCUGGAAAAAGAAAGAAACAGAAAUUUCAAGGCUACACCCUAUUUAUUGGUAAUUUGUCGUACGACACUACAAAAGAAGAUAUCCUCCGUCAUUUCGCCAAAUGUGGGCCUAUCAAGAAUGUCCGGAUUCCAUUGGAAAAGGAAACCAAUCAGCCCAGAGGAUUUGGUUACAUUGAAGUUGAAGAGCAUGUUACCUACGAGAAUGUUUUGAGUAUGCACCACACCUUUCUCGCUCGAAGACGAAUCAAUGUUGAAUGUACCUUUGGCGGCAGCAAAACUAGUCAGAAAAGAAUGGCCCUGAUUAAGGAAAAGACACUAAAGCUGAGGUUCCUCUCGAGAGAAGGCAAAAUUAGUUCGGCCAAGCAGCGACCAUGGGGGAAAUUUACUCAAAAUCAAUCCUUUGGUUAAGACUUUAAAAAGAAUUACACUUAUGUUACGUGAUCACCACAUUGCUCGCUGAACCCCAGAUAGUUUGUUGUAAUCCGCUAAACUACGCCAGACAAUUCUGCUCAAUCUCCAUCGUGUGACGAUGCCUCUUGGUCGAGAUGUGAUGGCGCAGCGGUUGCGGACGCGAGUUAUGCCGGAGUCUCGGGGAAGUUGUUCAAGCAUCUUUUGUCCAAUUUCCUUCAAAUAAAAUCAUUAAUGAAUAUUUCCUUGGCUUGUUUUGUACAGUACUGAAUACACUGAGUUCAUUUCUGAA